GUACGCUGUCCUUCACAACGGGAACAACAUGGAGCAAGAGAAGAAGUCUCUGCACACCUACAUAGAGUCCCACGAGUCCUGUUUGUGACCCACGAUGACUCCUCAGUCACAUCUCCAAAGACCACGCCUCAAACAAGGUCACCACAGAGUCGACGGGAGAGUACACAGCUCCAAAAACAAAACCCUGAUGGGACUUUAGAGGCCCGGAGGAGGACUAUGACUCAUUCUGUGGUCCUUAAAGGAGGCCAGGGACCCAGUGGACCAGAAAACCAGUUCUCCGUCUUUCUGAUGCUGUGUCUGUUGUACUGGAUUUCUUGGCGGAGCUGUCCUGGUUGA